AGCCUGCACCAGUCAGUGGACAAAGCAGAUCCUCGGCCCAGCUUUCAAGAUGGGUGACGCCUGUAUCAUAAAUAUUAUCUACCGGCCGCCCAACCCUCUGCUCCGCACGCAUACAUCAUUGUCCUCCUCACUUUGUGUACCUUGAACAUACAAGCAAUUGAACAAGGUCCUUUGUAGUAUUCACCAUGGCAGCGAAUCCCAACACUAUCCUCCGCGAGGUGAACAUUCUCGGUGAGCUGAACGAUAGUAACCGUCACAUUCUUAGCAAAGAUGCUGCUGUCUUCCUCGCUCUUCUCCACCGCACAUUCAAUGAGCGCCGGAAGGCUCUGCUCCAAAGACGAGUGAUUCGGCAAGCGGAGCUCGACAAGGGCAACCUCCUCGACUUCCUCCCAGAGACCAAGCACAUCCGCGAAAAUGAUGCUUGGAAGGGCGCACCACCAGCUCCUGGGCUCGUUGACAGGCGAGUGGAGAUCACAGGUCCAACAGACCGCAAGAUGGUCGUCAAUGCGCUAAACUCGAAUGUCUGGACAUAUAUGGCCGACUUUGAGGACUCGAGCGCCCCAACAUGGGACAACAUGAUCAAUGGCCAGCUCAACCUCCAUGAUGCUAUCCGCAGGCAAGUCGACUUCAAGCAGGGUGAGAAGGAGUACAAGCUUCGCACCGACCGAACACUACCCACCCUCAUCGCUCGUGCUCGAGGCUGGCACCUUGAGGAGAAGCACUUCACAGUUGAUGGCGAGGCUAUCUCCGGUGGCCUGUUCGAUUUCGGCCUGUACUUCUUCAACAAUGCCCACGAGCUCGUCAAGCGCGGAACCGGACCAUACUUCUACUUGGCUAAGAUGGAGUCACAUCUUGAGGCCAGGCUGUGGAACGAUGUCUUCAACUUGGCGCAAGACUACAUUGGUAUGAGGCGUGGCACUAUCCGUGGUACCGUCUUGAUCGAGACGAUUACCGCUGCUUUCGAGAUGGACGAGAUCAUCUACGAGCUUCGCGACCACUCCUCCGGUCUUAACUGCGGCCGCUGGGACUACAUUUUCAGCACCAUUAAGCGCUUCCGCCAAAACCCCAACUUCGUGCUCCCUGACCGCGACUCUGUCACAAUGACGGUACCCUUCAUGGACUCGUACGUUAAGCUCCUCAUCAAGACAUGCCACAGACGCGGCGUCCACGCCAUGGGAGGCAUGGCAGCCCAAAUCCCUAUCAAGAACGAUCAGCAAGCCAACGACGCCGCCAUGGCCAAGGUCCGUGCCGACAAGCUCCGUGAGGUGCGCGCUGGCCACGAUGGUACAUGGGUUGCCCACCCGGCGCUUGCGGCUAUUGCAAGUGACAUUUUCAAUGAGCAUAUGCCUACGCCUAAUCAGAUGCAUGUGCGUCGUGAGGAUGUCCACAUCACCGCCAACGACCUUUUGAACAUGAAUGUACCUGGCAAGAUCACCGAAGCUGGCAUCCGCAAGAAUCUUGACAUCGGCCUCAGUUAUAUGGAGGCUUGGGUCCGUGGUGUUGGUUGCGUGCCUAUCAACUACCUCAUGGAGGACGCCGCUACUGCAGAGGUGUCGAGGAGUCAGCUUUGGCAGUGGACAAGACACAAUGUUGAGACCGCUGAGGGCAAGAAGGUUACAAAGGACUAUGCGCUCAAGUUGCUACAUGAGCAGGCGCAGCAGUUAGGCGCGAAGGCACCCAAGGGAAACAAAUUCCCGCUCGCAGCGAAGUACUUCGAGGGCCAAGUUACAGGCGAGGACUAUGCUGAGUUUUUGACAUCGUUGCUCUACAACGAGAUUACCAAUGUCGGUUCACCUGUUGCGGCCGCGAAGCUAUAGCACGCUGUGUGCCGAGGUUCACUCGAGGGGAUCCCGAGUGGACGGUCGAUCAAUGCGGAGAAGUAGCUUUACAUGUGACGAACAAGAACGGGACGAGGGAACGAAGAAUGACGAACGGAACCACACAAACUUGGGGACUGCAUGCAUAGUUGGCGUUUUUAGUUCUUGUACAUUCUUUCUAAUUUCAAUCUAAUGUAUAAAAUC